UCCAUCUGAUGAUACAAUAAAGAAGUAUGUCUGGGAUACGCUUAAAUCUGGUCAAGUUGUUCCAGGAUAUGGACAUGCUGUCCUUCGUAAGACUGAUCCACGCUACAUGGCCCAGCGAGAGUUCUGUUUACGACACUUACCCAACGACCCACUUUUCAGGAUCGUGUCUCAACUUUAUAAUAUUGUACCUGGAGUAUUAGCUGAACACGGAAAGACCAAGAACCCGUGGCCGAACGUUGAUGCUCAUUCUGGGGUUGUAUUACGACAUUUUGGUUUGGUUGAGCAAAACUUUUACACUGUAUUAUUUGGUGUAUCGAGAUGUUUGGGUGUUAUGCCACAAUUAAUCUGGGAUCGAGCUUUGGGAUUCCCGAUAGAACGGCCAAAGUCUUACUCGACUGAGAUGAUCAAGAAUAUGUUUGAAGAACAAUCGUCUUAA